AAUCCCCAUGCUUUGAAAUGUUUCUCCUAUGACCAUCACAUAACCAACCACAUUCAAAGCGAAAUAAAUAUGGAUUCUUCAUCUUCUUCCUGUGUUUCUCAAGAAAACUCAUUCAAUUACCCUAAUAACCAAGCUCUUCCCUUCAAUGAAAACGACUCACAGGAGAUGCUUCUCUUCGGACUCCUAAACGAAGCCACGGCGAGUUCGAGAGACGAUCACGAAGUGAGCUCGAAAGCGAAGGAAGAGGAGUCGACCAGGGAGGUUUCUUACAGAGGCGUGAGGAGGAGGCCAUGGGGGAAAUACGCAGCUGAAAUAAGGGAUUCGACGAGGAAUGGUGUUAGGGUUUGGCUUGGAACCUUUGAUACAGCCGAGGCUGCUGCUUUAGCGUAUGAUCAAGCUGCAUUGGCAAUGCGAGGUUCCAUGGCUAUACUCAAUUUCCCGAUUGACAAAGUCUACGAAUCGCUUCAAGAAAUGAACUAUAGAUUCGAACAAGGGUGUUCGCCUGUUUUAACGAUGAAGAAAAGACACUCAUUGAAGACCAGAAAAGAGAUGACGAUGACGAUGAAGAAGGUGAAGAAAGAGAAGGAGAUUAUGAAGAUGGAAAAUGUGGUGGUGUUUGAGGAUUUGGGUAUUGAUUACUUGGAGGAACUUCUUAGCAUUUCCGAGAGUUCUACUCUCUGGUAAAUUACUUCCACUAAUUAACAUUUUUU